AAAUGGAGAGUUCUCUGUUAAUUAUUAGAAGAUAAAAUAUAACUUUACAACAAAAAAGGAAGAACAACAACAACAACAAAAAUUGGAGUAAGGGCUGCGGCAACUUUUACAAGGCUUGAAGUUUUUUCAAAUUCAGCUGGUAAAAAACCCAUUCAAUUUCGCUCAAUUUUAAUGGACGGAGGAGCUUCUCAGCCGGACGACACCGUCAUGUCGGAGGCGGCGUCUGUUCCGCCGCCGCAGCAUGACCCGGCGGGACACCAGCCACCACCGAUGGGGAUGGAAAAUAUUCCGGCGACUUUGAGCCAUGGAGGGCGAUUCAUUCAGUACAACAUCUUUGGGAAUAUCUUUGAAGUUACGGCUAAGUACAAGCCUCCAAUCAUGCCUAUUGGCAAAGGCGCUUACGGCAUCGUCUGUUCUUCUCUCAACUCCGAGACGAACGAGCAUGUGGCGAUCAAGAAGAUUGCUAAUGCGUUUGACAACAAGAUCGAUGCUAAGAGAACUCUUCGCGAGAUCAAGCUGCUUCGGCACAUGGAUCAUGAAAACGUUGUUGCAAUUAGGGAUAUCAUUCCUCCGCCUCUAAGGGAAACAUUUAAUGAUGUUUACAUAGCAUAUGAGUUAAUGGAUACCGACCUUCAUCAAAUAAUUCGUUCAAACCAAGCAUUAUCAGAGGAGCACUGUCAGUACUUCCUGUACCAGAUUCUUCGUGGAUUGAAGUACAUACAUUCAGCAAAUGUUCUACACAGAGAUUUGAAGCCUUCCAAUCUGCUAUUAAAUGCCAACUGUGACCUGAAAAUAUGCGAUUUUGGGCUUGCUCGUGUUACUUCUGAAACUGACUUUAUGACGGAAUAUGUGGUUACUAGAUGGUACCGUGCACCAGAGCUCUUACUUAAUUCUUCUGAUUACACAGCAGCUAUUGAUGUCUGGUCUGUUGGUUGUAUUUUUAUGGAACUGAUGGAUCGGAAGCCCUUGUUUCCUGGUCGAGAUCAUGUGCAUCAGUUACGCUUGCUUUUGGAGCUGAUAGGCACUCCAUCAGAGGCUGAUCUUGGUUUCUUGAACGAGAACGCUAAAAGAUACAUACGACAACUUCCUCACUACCAUCGGCAGUCAUUCACUGAAAAGUUUCCACAUGUUCAUCCUUCAGCCAUUGAUCUGGUGGAGAAGAUGCUAGCAUUUGAUCCUGGACAGAGAAUUACCGUUGAAGAUGCUCUAGCUCAUCCUUAUUUGACUUCAUUGCACGACAUUAGUGACGAGCCUGUGUGCAUGACACCCUUCAGCUUCGAUUUCGAGCAGCACGCUCUCACUGAGGAACAAAUGAAAGAGCUGAUCUACCGAGAGGCACUUGCAUUUAACCCCGAGUAUCAUCAACAAUAAUGAGCUAUGUUAUUUACUGGAGGAUUGUUUGAUCUGUAUGAUCCCUUUAUUCUGUAUGUUCAUUAUCAAUUCCUUUGUGUAUAUUAACUGCAUUCACAACUGGGAUGGGCUUUGGAAUCAAUUUUAUCUAUGGCCAGAAUUAGGACUGGAAGAACAAUCUUCAUGAAAUUGUAUCUGCUUUUUCUACUUGUCAUGUUGUUCAUUAAUUUAAUCAAGGUUGCUCAUUUGGAA